AUGGACAGAGAAAUAUCUCGGGUACAGACGCAUACCUCCCGUGUUGAGUCGAACAGACAAAUGCAAGUGGAGUUUGCGGACGACGUCAGCUCUUCCUCAGGAGCCAAGGAAGGCUCUUCCGGUGACGAUACCGUACGCCCUUCAAGCUUAAAUGGCACGGAGAAACCUAACCAGGAGAUGAUCGAGGACACCACUCCUACUACGCUUCCUCAAAAGAGAAAGAAGGUCAAGCUCCCGGGAUUGCUUCUUGAGGACGGCAGACGUCAGCUUAGAGAAAAGGACUGUUACAAGAAGCUAGGCUACAGUUUUCCAUGGUACAAGAAAUGGACGAUUUUGACUGUCAUUUUCGCCGUGCAGAUGUCCAUGAAUUUUAACACCUCGGUUUACCCCAGUCAGAUCAGUCAAAUUGCUGAACACUUCGGCGUUUCAGAGCCCAAGGCAAAGGUGUCUCAAAUGAUGUUUAUGAUUCUUUACGCCUUCGGGUGUGAGUUGUGGGCUCCUUGGUCUGAGGAAUACGGUCGUUGGCCCAUUAUGCAAUCAUCAUUAUUCUUGGUGAAUAUUUGGCAGAUCUUGGGCGGUUUGGCGCCAAAUUUCGGCUCCAUCAUCGUUGCCAGAUCUUUGGGUGGUCUUUCUUCUGCCGGUGGAUCUGUCACAUUGGGUAUGACUGCUGAUAUGUGGGAGCCAAACGACCAAGGUUUUGCUGUGGCGUAUGUCGUGCUUUCAUCUGUUGGUGGUUCGUCUAUUGGGCCAAUCUUCGGUGGUAUCAUGGCUGAUAACUUGAGCUGGCACUGGAACUUCUGGAUUCAGUUGAUAUUUGGAGGUGUGGUGCAAAUUGCCCACUUUUUCCUUGUUUGUGAGACCAGAAACACCAUUUUGGUGGACAGGGAGGCUAAGCGCAGAAGAGAGUCCGGUGAAGACGACAAUAUCUGGGGCCCUGGUGAGAUUCACGGCAGAAAGAUGAGUGUGAACGAAGUGCUUACCAUCUGGAGACGUCCUUUUGAGAUGUUCCUCAGAGAGCCCAUUGUUUUGUGUCUCUCCUUGCUUUCAGGUUUCUCUGACGCUUUGAUUUUCGUUUGCAUGGAAUCUUUCCCCCUCGUUUAUGCACAAUGGGGAUUUGGUAAGACUGCCUCAGGGCUUGCCUUUGUUCCAGUCAUUAUUGGUUACCUUAUAGCAUACGGUCUCCACUUACCCGAUGUGGCUCGGCAAAAGCAUUUGAUCUAUACCCAAGGUGAAGAAUCGAGAUUUGCGGAGAGAAGACUUUUGAUGCUUUUGUUCCUCGCUCCUUUGGAGCCCAUCGGGCUUUUUGGAUUUGCAUGGACUGGUAUGGGUCCCCACUACAAUCCAUGGAUAGCCCCUAUGAUUUUCACCACCUGCAUUGCCGUUGCUAACUAUAGUAUUUAUAUGUCCACCAUCGACUAUAUGGUGGCUGCUUAUGGACCAUAUUCGGCAUCAGCGACUGGUGGUAAUGGAUUUGCUCGUGAUUUCCUCGCUGGUAUUGCUAUCAUGUAUGCUACACCCAUGUACAAGAAUAUCGGUCAUGAAAGACACUUGCAGUGGGCGUCGACGAUUCUUGGUUGCAUUGCUGUGUUGGUCGCUAUCCCAAUCUACAUCUUUUAUUGGAAGGGACAAGCGAUCAGAGCAAAAUCUAAAUUUGCCCAGACUUUGGCUGCCGACAGAAAGGCCGCCAGCCAGUUGACCGCUACGGAGUGGGAGACUGAGAAGGAGGAUGUAUAA